AUGGCGACGGCUUGGGGUGCAUUCUGGGGAACCAGAGUACUGCAGAUAGUGAAGAAACACGAUUCCGGUGGCCUCCUUUGGAAGAGAAUCAAGCUCACGCCCACCCGCAAAGCUAACGCCAAAAAACGCCUCCGUCGCGUUUGGCAGUUAUUGACAGAUGAUUCUGCAUCUUGCUGUAGAAAUUAUUCCAUUGAUUUCCUUGCUAUUGAAGCUGCUAGAAGUUACAUCAAAGAACAUAACAUGAAUGAGGCUGUUUUGAGGGCAUGCUCUGAGCCGCCACCCCAAAAAAUAUCACAUUCAGAAGGUGAGAAGGUUGAUCCCAAGGAGAGCUAG